AUGACAUAUGGAAUUAGAAGAACAAGAAAGGUGUUAGCAGUGACUGUGAGAUUCAUUCAAAAGGAUGCAGAGGAGAAGCAAACAUCAUUCAACCCCAGACAAUAUUUCAAGUUAUUCGUUGAUUGGUUGCUUGACCUUAGUACCCUUGAUCCGGUUUUUGAAGGUUCUGACAGCUCUAGCAACCUCCUUCCAUGCCCUGCUGCCUCUCAAAGUUCAUGCAUUCAGGUGUUAGCAGUGACUGUGAGAUUCAUUCAAAAGGAUGCAGAGGAGAAGCAAACAUCAUUCAACCCCAGACAAUAUUUCAAGUUAUUCGUUGAUUGGUUGCUUGACCUUAGUACCCUUGAUCCGGUUUUUGAAGGUUCUGACAGCUCUAGCAACCUCCUUCCAUGCCCUGCUGCCUCUCAAAGUUCAUGCAUUCAGGUGUUAGCAGUGACUGUGAGAUUCAUUCAAAAGGAUGCAGAGGAGAAGCAAACAUCAUUCAACCCCAGACAAUAUUUCAAGUUAUUCGUUGAUUGGUUGCUUGACCUUAGUACCCUUGAUCCGGUUUUUGAAGGUUCUGACAGCUCUAGCAACCUCCUUCCAUGCCCUGCUGCCUCUCAAAGUUCAUGCAUUCAGGUUAUUCUCUUAGAAAAGAAAUUGUCAAAGGAGAUUGCCAAAUGA